ACGAAUUGCGGUAUGUAAUCCGCUCUAAAUCAAAACUCGAUGACCGGUGCUGGACCUGAACAAAGCUGGAAAUGGCACCGACCACGGAAUCCAGGCUGAAUGUGGAUGCUUUGAGUAAAAGAGAUGUCCUGCUGCUCUUCAGUGUGCUGGAGGGAGAGCUGGAGGCUCGAGACCUCGUCAUCCAGGCCCUCAGGGCCCAGCGUAGGGAUGCAUACGUCAGGGAGCGCUAUGGAAGAUAUGACCUGAGUGAUCCUUUUCUGGCCCUGCAGAGGGACAGUGAGGUCCUCCAGGGCUCUGCUCAGGCCAAGGGAGAUGGAGCAAACUCUUCUCAGACAAAAAAAGAGGACAAAGAAUGCUAUGAUCCUGUAUCCAUACUCAAUGGGGUGGUGGAACAUUGCAGGAAGAUGCAGGAGCAGAUGCUGAAACAGCUGGCAGCUGCUGAGAGCAGACACAGGAGGGUCAUUGCAGAUUUGGAGGAAGAGAAGAGGAGGCAUGCUGAGGAUACAGCUGAGGGAGAUGAUGUCACCUGUAUUUUAGAGAAAGAGCGAGAGCGCCUCCUGCAGCAGUUGGAGUUUGAGAAGUUGAAGGUCUCCCGCAUAGAGAAGGAGAAUAAGCGCUUGCAUGAUCAGCUGGAGGAUGAGCGUGUGCAGCAUAAGCAGCUGAUGGCAGCGCUGGGCCGUGAGUGCAAGCGCUCAGGCUCCCGUGCCCAUGAGGAGGCACAGCGGGCAGGAGACCUCAGUCACCGUUUGGAGCGCGAACGGACCGCCAAUCAAACCAUGAGGGUGGAGCUGGAGGAGGAGAAGAGGCGCGCCAUGCAGAUUGAGGCCAGGAGGGAGGAGCUGUUGGCAGAGUUUGACACAGAGAGGGAGCAGCUGGGUCUGCGACUGAGGAAGGAGGAGGCACGCUGCAGGCAACUGCAGGAUGAGGUGGAGAGGCUGAGAAGAGAGGCAGGAGAGCUGAGAGGAGAGGAGGAGAAGAUAGAGAUGCAAAUGAGCAAUGGUGCUUCGGAGGGCAGUGUGGAGAAAACGAGUAAGAGCCAGACAAAGAUGAACGGUCACCACACUUCUGUAAAACAGGAAGACAGUAGCGAGAGGCAGAAGAAGGAGAAUGAGGAAAAUGGAGGUUUUCAUCCCAGUAUAAGUCCUAGCCAAAGUGAACUGAUCAAUGGGAGCUCAUUGUCUAAUGUGAAUACUGACAGUCUGUCAUCCUACAGUACAGGCAGCACCCCCCAAACAAACUCCUCCCCCGGCGUACAAGCAGCCUACCAGGCUGGGAUCCACCAGCGUUUCCACGCAGCCCGUCACAAGUUCCAGUCCACGGCUGAGCAAGACUCUCAACCCACCUCUCCUUUUCCUUCCCUCUCACCCUGCGCUUCCCCAGUUCCUCCACUGGAGGGCAAUGCCUCCAAACAGGCAGCCCGCAGCACGCUUACCCAAGCCCUGAGUCGCUUUAGCAGCCAGCAGAGCUUGAGUAAAGCAGUUGCCCCUAACAGCUCACCCUUCGGCACAGACUACCGUGCCCUGUCUCCUGGAGUUCGCUCGCCCACUAUCCCCAGAGCAGAUAGGGGGAUUCCACCUCCCAUCCCACCUAAAAAGCCAGGCCUGGCUGAGACCCCACCCUCUCCAGCCACUCUGCGAGCCACCCACUUGGCUCAAAUGUCGGCUGGUUGUGGACAUAAAAGUACACCCGAAAACAGCAAAGAACCAGAUCUGCUGCUAUCCUCCAGCGGCUAGCUGGCACUCACCACCACGUUUGUAACUACACUGUUAAAACAGUACAGCAUAAAUGUUACAGUUAACCCUUAAAUGCACAGUUGAAUCACGAACAUUCAUUCAUUCUGUCCAAAAGUCUAACCAAGAUAGUAGUGAGUGCCCCUCAAAUUACAUUUUUGUUUUGUAAAAACAUUUCUGUUUAUUUGCUGAAUUUAACACAGUGGGAAACAGAACAUAAAACUUUAUAAUUUAACUGGUGUUCAAAUGUUUGCAUUUUAUUUGUCUUUAUUUUAAUGUUAUAGUGGUAAAAACACAUUUACUGCCAAAAAAUAACUUGUAAAAAAUAUUUUCUUUAAUGACUAAGACUUUUGCACAGUACUGAAUUUUGUGUCGUUUGCAAACCAGCACUUAUAUUUAUCUGCAAGCAAAUGCAAAAUUGUCCAAAGUUUAUUCCGCAGUGACAAAGUAACUUGAAUGUAUUAGAAAGCAUAUUUUGCUAUAUAUUGAUAUUUAUCACAAUCUUAGGUGUGUUGGGGAGGGAAGAAGGGAAUGAGGUCACAGGUCACUAACCACCUGAGAGUUGCAUUUAAGGGUUAAUUGCAUUUUCCCCAUCAUGUGUUAAGCACUGUUGAGUUUUUAUUUGAUGGUACUAUGGGACUCUCCCCGUUACACACAGACUGAAAACUUUCAGGACUUUUAUGUAUUUGUACUACAUGAUGUUCAGAGAUUUGAACACAUAUAACUUUGCAUGUGAGUUUGUGUCAUUGUGCCAAAGGCUUGUAUAUUGUAUAAGGUCCUCUAUGAGUAACCAGUUUUUCAGCUUUUCUUACAUUUCAUUUACACAGCACAGCUCGUUUAUUUUAUUAACAUAUUUUUAUGUCCUGUACUUGUACGUGUUUAUAUCUCUCUCAGAACAUUCUCUAGUUAAUACACUGUAUUGUGUGUUUGUAACAGAUUGCAUGUGCAAAUGCUUUUUCAUAACAGAUUUUGCAUAUGUAUAUCUAUACAAUAUUAUGUACCAACUAUUAACUCAACUUCUGCUGCAGUAUUCUAUUCAGUGAUAUAAGCAUUAGAAAUCACAUGAGAGUGCAUGAUUUUUGUAAUAUUUGAUUAUGUUUAUCUCAGAGGUUCACAUAUGCAGUGUAUUAUUUUUGUGAUACACUCUCCAGAUAAUGUUAUAUACUUCUCACAGUGGCCACACAAUAUAAUGUUUUCAGUAUCA